AUGAAGGUGUUCGUUUGCUUGUUAGCAUUGGCCGCAAUGACAAAUGCCGGAUACAUAAGUUCCGGAUGGUCUAGCGGAGGAGGCGGUGGUGGAUGGUCCGGAGGUGGAGGAGGAGGCGGUUGGAAGUCCGGUGGCGGAGGAGGUUGGUCAGGAGGUGGCGGCGGCUGGAAAUCCGGAGGAGGUGGUGGUGGAUGGUCCGGUAGCGGCGGCAGCGGUGGCGGAUGGAUCGGCGGAGGUGGAGGAGGUGGUCACGGUGGAGGCGGCGGCGGAUGGAUCGGCGGUGGCGGAGGAGGAGGCGGCGGCGGUGGACAAGUGGUGAAGAUUAUUAAGAUCAUCGUUCCAUCCGGCGGAGGCGGCGGCGGUGGCCAUGGAGGAGGCGGCGGCGGAUACGGAGGAGGCGGUGGAUACGGAGGAGGAGGCGGAGGCGGACACGGAGGAUGGUCCGGUGGAGGCGGAGGAGGCGGUGGCCACGGUGGAUGGUCGAGCGGUGGCAGUGGAGGCGGUGGCGGAGGAUGGUGGUAA